AUGACGUACCAUCCAGCAGGUUUGACGCGUCCAGUGAAUAAAGUUGCGGCUGUUCGUGACGUCAGAUCACAGUUCUCCUCCUCAUACCGGCCGUGUUUCUACACCCCCACCCUUUCACUCUCAUUCUUUUUGAGGAUCUUUCAUUGUCAAGCCGCCAAAGUGGAGAGUGUGAUUGCAGAGGGGGGUGCUUCUCGUUUCAGUGCUUCUUCGGGCGGAGGAGGAGGUAGGGGUGCACCUCAGCACUAUCCCAAGUCUGUCGGCAACAGCGAGUUCCUGGGGAAAACCCCAGGGCCUAGCGUUCAGAGAUGGGUUCCUUCACGAAGCACUAGACGAGAUGUCAACUCCUCCAACGAAAAAGAACGACACGAUGCAAUCUUCAGGAAAGUGAGAGGCAUACUUAAUAAACUGACCCCUGAAAAGUUUGACAAGCUAUGCCUUGAGCUCCUGAAUGUGGGCGUAGAUUCAAAGCUCGUCCUCAAAGGAAUCAUCUUGCUGAUUGUAGACAAAGCCCUUGAGGAGCCGAAGUAUAGCUCGCUAUAUGCUCAGCUAUGUCUGCGUCUGGCAGAGGAUGCUCCAAACUUUGACGGCCCAUCAACAGAGAUCCAAUCAUCACAAAAGCAGAGCACUACAUUCAGGAGACUUCUGAUAUCCAAACUUCAGGAUGAAUUUGAAAACCGCACCAGAAAUGUUGACAUCUAUGAUAAAAAUGACAGCCCUCUCACCUCUGAGGAAGAGGAGCAGCGUGCCAUUGCCAAGAUCAAAAUGCUGGGCAACAUCAAAUUCAUUGGAGAACUUGGCAAACUUGAUCUCAUUCACGAGUCUAUCCUUCAUAAAUGCAUCAAAACACUUCUGGAAAAGAAGAAAAGAGUCCAACUUAAGGAUAUGGGGGAGGAUUUGGAGUGCCUCUGUCAGAUAAUGAGAACUGUGGGGCCAAGACUAGAUCAUGAGAAAGCCAAGUCUUUAAUGGAUCAGUACUUCGGCCGUAUGCGAUCCUUAAUGAACAACAAGGACUUGCCUGCUAGGAUUCGUUUCCUGCUUCAGGAUACCGUGGAGUUGCGAGAGAACAACUGGGUGCCUCGGAAAGCUUUUAUUGAUAAUGGACCUAAGACUAUCAACCAGAUCCGCCAGGAUGCAGUAAAGGAUUUGGGUGUUUUUAUUCCACCGAUGACUCAAGGAAUAAGAACUGACUUCUUUCAAGAAAGUCCUUUCUUGCCGACGAGAAUAAAACCUGAUCGAGAAACUCUUGGGGGAUUAGCGGAUAUGUUUGGGCAGAUGCCAGGCAGUGGAAUUGGUACUGGCCCUGGGGUCAUUCAGGACAGGUAUUCCCCCACCAUGGGUCGUCGCGCAAACCCUCUUUUCAACGGGCACGGUGGCCACAUGGCCCCUGCACCACAGCCUUUCAUGAAAUCUAACCAGGGGCAGAAUCUGCUUUUCCAGAGCCAGACUCAUUCAUCUCAACAGCAAGCUCAGUCCAAGGAUAUGCCGCCACGUUUUAUUAAGAAAGGACAGCUGAAUGCUGAUGAGAUCAGCUUGAGACCUGCUCAGUCAUUCAUUCUGAACAAAAACCAAAUGCCAAAGUUGCAGCCACAGAUACCUACCAUGAUUCCUCCUAGUGCUCAACCUCCUCGCACAUCCACACCACCACUGGGACAGCCACCGCAACUUGGGCUGAAAACCAACCCACCUCCAAUUCAGGAGAAGCCACAGAAGACGACCAAGAAGCCUCCUCCUGCUAAGGAGGAACUGCUUAAGAUGACUGAAAAUGUUGUGACCACUUACUUGAGCAGCAAAAACAUGAACGACGCAGUGAACGGAGUGCGAGAGAUGAAGGCUCCCAAACACUUCCUGCCUGAGAUGUUGAGUAAGAUGAUCGUGUGCUCACUGGAGAGCCCUGAUGAGGACCGAGAGCACGUCAGCACUCUGAUCAACACGCUCCGAAUGGAGGGACUGGUCACGGGGGAGAACUUUAUGCAGGCUUUCCUCAAUGUUCUGGACCAAUGUCCCAAGAUCGAGUUGGAUGUUCCGUUGGUGAAGUCUUACCUGGCUCAGUUUGCUGCCCGGGCGAUCAUUGCGGAACUUGUGAGCAUGGCAGAGUUGGCCCACCCACUGGAGAACGGCACCCACUUUCCUCUUUUCCUCCUCUGCUUGCAGCAAAUGGCCAAAAUGAAAGAUCGGGAGUGGUUGACUGACCUGUUCCAGCAGAGCAAGGUCAACAUGCAGAAGAUGCUGCCAGAAAUAGAUCAAAACAAAGAUCGCAUGUUGGAGAUUCUGGAGGGGAAGGGCCUGAGCUUCUUAUUCCCUCUUAUGAAGCUGGAGAAGGAGCUGCUGAAACAAAUUAAAGCAGAUCCUGCCCCGCAAACCAUCUACAAGUGGAUCAAGGACAACAUUUCUCCAAAACUGCACACUGACAAGGGUUUCGUUAACAUUCUGAUGACCAGCUUUUUGCAGUACAUUUUCCACGAGAUGUAUGCCACUGAAGGAGAUGACCAAUUAUCUGCACCUACGAAAGAGCAGCUCGACCAGGAAAAGCAGCUGCUACUUGCCUUCAAACCGGUGAUGCAAAAAUUCCUGCAUGAUCACGUGGACCUGCAAGUCAGUGCGCUGUACGCACUGCAAGUCCACUGCAACGCCCAUGCUUUUCCCAAAGGAAUGUUAUUGCGCUACUUUGUCAACUUCUACGAUAUGGAGAUAAUUGAAGAAGAGGCCUUCCUAGCAUGGAAAGAAGAUAUUACCCAAGAGUUUCCAGGGAAAGGAAAAGCAUUGUUCCAGGUGAACCAGUGGCUCACCUGGCUGGAGACGGCGGAAGAGGAGGAGUCUGAGGAGGAAGCUGACUAAAGAACCAGCCAAAGCCUUGAUGUACUCGCCUCUGUCAUCUCUCCCGUUUCAUUUCGCCAUCUCUCCUUUCACCCGUAUUAACCGCCGCACUUCAUUCCGUGCUGCAGUGUCAAGCCAACGUAUUACUUCACGCUUCUCUUUGGCCUCAUUGUUUAAAGCAUGUAAUGACUAGCAUCUGUUAAGACCCACUACAGAUAAAUGGUAUUAGCAGCUUGAAACUGCAUCUUUUUUUAUAUAUAUUUUGCUUUUAAGAACAUGUAUUUGCAAGAGCCUUUUCUGCUGCUGUUUCUUUCAGCACAAAACUAUAGAAAUGCACUUUUGCUCAGUGUCAUAUUUUGAGUUGCUGCAAUAUUCACUUUCGUUUGUUACAAAGAAUCCUCAGUAAUCAUUGGUUACCAUAACGUUUCGUUGAUGCGUUGUUCAUACCUCACAGUAGUGGGUGUAGUGUGCUGUGUGUGUGUGAGAUGGAGUCUAAUGAAAACUCUCCGGAUCUGCAAGGUGCUUGAGUCUGUGAAACAGGAAAAAUGGUUUACUUUCCAGUUAUGAUUGUAAAAUGUCAAGUUUCUUUUUUGUUUUUUUUUUUUUUUCCCCUUCCCCUCCUUUUUCUUAUAAUAAUGAACAAAGCCAUGUGGGAGAGAUGAAAUUAUGCGGCCUUUUUUUUUUUUUUUUUUUUUUUAUUCUUUUCCCAACCCAUAUGCGUCCCCUCCACUACUUGUCAAUCUGAUACUUGAAUUUUUUAUUUUUUUUGUUUGUUUGUUUGUUUUUCUUUACAGCAUGUUCAGGGAUUACCAAACACAGCCUGUUUAGAUGCAACAAUUUGAUCCAAACAGAAAUGUGUAAAUUUUUUUUUUUUUUUUAAUGCAUUUUAAUUGGUAAAAUAAAGAUGAAACAAGAUGAGAAAUUUGGUAUGGAUGUUUAAUAUACAAAUCGCUGUUUUACAACCUAACAAUGUUUUCCCAUGAUGGAUAUUAUACAUAUUUAUUUAAUCAUGAGGGGGAAAAUCAAAGCUUUAUCAUUAGGUAGGACAACGAAUGGUGACCUGCUCGUGUGGUUUUGCUACUUAAAGUGUUAAGGUGUAAGAACUUUGAAUGUUCGGUGUACCACUGUUGCUUUCAAUAAAGUUACACACCAGCAUUUAUUUGGCCUUAUUUCAUGUGUGCUUGGAACAUUUCAGAACAUUUGUCAUCAGAUUUGUAUUUACUAGAGGUCAUCUUCCAGUUUAAAAUUAAACCGUGAUGUACAAAUGAACAAUGCUGGGUUUUAUUUUACUUUUUGAACACAUUUCAACCUAAAUCAUAUUUGUGACUGAUAACACUAUUGAUUACAAGUACAGGGCUCAGUUCAGUUCUUGAGCUCUGUUUCUUUUUUUUUUUUUUUUUAUCCUUGAAUAUCAGUUGAAUUCACUCUGUCACUACUUGUGUACUUUCUGAGUUGUGGUUGGCACUGAAUGAUGACAUCAGUAAUGUAUACUUAUGCAGUGAUUUGUAAAUGUUUCUUACUAUUCAGGAAUGAACAAAAACAAUGCUUAGAAUCGGAAAUGAAAUCCAAGAAUGCUUUGGUUUUAAGUCAGAAUAUACUGUAACGGUAUAUGAGAUGCCCCAUAAAUAAUGCCUUGUAAUGUAAUUUUUAAAAUGUUCAUUUUUAUCUUGUGUUUCUGUAGUACUUAUGUAUCAUUCAUAUUGUGCAAUGCUUUCCAUAGGUAGGCUGUUAUUGUAUUAUGAUGCCAUGUUGGAAACAUUUUCUAAUAAAGUAUGAAAAAGUCA